GAACUUCUUUGUGUGGACCAGCCAAUUAAAGGCUUCUUCCUGCAGGUAUCAGAGGGGAAGCUCAAAUGCAUUGUUGUUAAGCUUAAUCGUGUUAAAGAACACUAAUUUGUUUUUCUCCCCUUCCCAUGCACUAACGUGGAUGGAGCAUAUGAGCUUCCUGUAAAAGAAUCCAAGAUUCAGUUGUGUACCCUGAGUACAAAGAUUUGAAGAACUGCACAACAGCAGACAGUAUUUUGGAAAGAGCUCGAUUUUUUCCCCUUGGUGAUACAAAAGAAUUCAAUCAUGAGUCAAAAAGAUCCAUUGGAAGACAUGGAUGUAUGCUCGGAGCCCUUAUGUCCAGUCUGUGGCCAGUCACACUUACCAGAAGAAAACCAUGCAUAUAGCUACACAGAAGAUGUGGAUGAUGAUUUAAUUUGCCAUAUCUGCCUGCAGCCUUUGCUUCAGCCACUGGAUACACCUUGUGGCCAUACCUACUGCACAGUUUGCCUUACAGAUUUCUUAGUAGAAAAAGACUUCUGCCCUGUGGACCGCAACAUUCUUACCCUACAGACCUGUAGAAAAUCCAGCAUACUAGUAAAUAAACUCCUGGAUAAGCUAAUGGUUAGCUGUCCUUUCACAGAAUACUGCUCAGAGGUCAUUCAACGUUGUGAUCUUGAACAACAUUUUCAAAAUGGAUGUAAAGGAGCAUCCCAUUAUGGCCUUACCAAGGACCGAAAGCGACGUUCCCACGAUGGCUCUCCUGACUCUAAUGCUGCUUUGACUGUAGCCGCUCUUGGCCCAGAGCUCUCUGCUGCCGCCACUAUCGCCUUAAUGACAGAUGAGCCGGGUUUAAUUAAUCCAGCCUUCAGCACCUCUUCUGAGGACUGCCCAUCGGGACCUAGCUCUGCAGAUCUGACCAGAAGCAACCAACCAAGACCUCGUCAUUUCGAACGUUCUACAAUAAGAAGCAGGUCCUUUAAGAAAAUAAACAGAGCUUUCAGCGUUCUUCGGAGGACAAAAAGUGGGAGUGCUGUUGCCAACCAUGCUGAACAAGAAAGAGAGAACGUUGAAAACAUGGUUGCCUCAGAGGAAGAUCCAGUGUGCCCCACACCAAUCCUCGCGCACACAACACAAAAAUGUGCAGAAAAAUCACGAAGCAGAAUCGGCAAAAGCAAGACAGAAAGUAUACUGCUUUCUAGGUUCGGCACUUCAUCGAUAUGUAAGACAUGGAAAUUUAAGGGGGCAAAGAAAGUGUUCCCAAGGUUAUAUCACCUCAUCCCAGAUGGCGAAAUUACCAGUAUUAAGAUCAGCCGCAGCAAUCCCAACGACAGUCUUGCCAUUAGGAUUGUAGGAGGCAGCGAAACGCCAUUGGUUCACAUCAUUAUACAGCACAUCUAUCGCGAUGGAGUCAUUGCAAGAGAUGGAAGAUUACUCCCGGGGGACAUGAUACUGAAGGUCAAUGGUAUGGACAUCAGGAACGUACCACACAGUUACGCCUUGUCAAUUCUGAGGCAGCCCUGCCAAGUCCUCCGGCUGACGGUGCUCAGGGAGCAGAGGUACAGGUGUCGGAACAGCGGGAUUCCCCUGGAGGUUCCCUUCAACAGGGACAACAGCGUCCAUGUCGUUCUAAACAAAAGCAGCCAUGAGGAGCAACUGGGCAUCAAGCUGGUCCGCAAAGCAGACGAAACCGGGGUGUUUGUUUUCAACUUGCUGGAAGGAGGUGUCGCUGCCAGGGAUGGGCAACUUCAAGAGAAUGACAGGGUUUUAGCUAUUAAUGGCCACGAUCUUCGAUAUGGAAGUCCAGAGAGCGCAGCCCAGCUGAUACAGGCUAGUGAGAAGCGCGUCCACUUCACUGUGUCCCGGCAAAGCAGGCAGCAGGCCCCUGAUAUCUUGCAGGAGGCUGGAUGGGAUUACAACGCUAGUCAUCAACCCUGCCAUAAUCCUAACAAGGUUGCCCUUCAUGCGGUCACCUGUCAUGAAAAGGUGGUGGAUCUCCGAAAAGAUAAUGCAGAGUCCCUGGGAAUGACUGUGGCAGGUGGUGCAUCCUCCCACAGGGAAUGGGAUUUGCCUAUUUAUGUAAUAAGUGUGGAACCGGGAGGAGUCAUCAGCAGAGAUGGCAGAAUCAAAACAGGUGACAUUCUGCUCAAUGUAAACGGCAUUGAUCUGACAGGCGUCAGCCGUGGCGGGGCUGUAGCCCUUUUGAAGAACACCUCCUCAUCUGUAAUCCUCAAAGCACUAGAAAUGAAAGAGUGUGAGACCCUGGUGGAUGAGAAUGACGAGUCUCUCCUCAGCACCCAUUUGAACACCUCUGACCCCAGUGAAUGGUCCCCUUCCUGGGUGAUGUGGCUUGAACUGCCCCGGUAUUUAUACAGCUGCAAAGAAAUUAUAUUACGAAGAAAUACAGCAGGAAGCUUAGGCUUCAGUAUCGUAGGAGGUUAUGAAGCAAACAGUGGAAACAAGCCAUUCUUUAUCAAAUCCAUUGUUGGAGGGACUCCAGCCUAUAACGAUGGAAGAAUCAGGUGUGGUGACAUCCUCCUUGCAGUUAAUGGCAGAAGUAUUUCUGGAAUGGCGCAUGCGAGCUUGGCAAGGAUGUUAAAGGAGCUGAAGGGGAAAAUCACGCUCACCAUUGUGUCCUGGCCUGGCACUUUUUUAUAAGGAUUCAUUUCAGCUGGAGAGCAACAAAUUGUUUGACACAAAUGAAGCACUUGAUAUGGACAUCUCUUUGCUCCACUAUCUGGUCAACUGUAUACUUGUAAAAGAAAAUUGUGAAAUGUAAAUGUGCAUUCAACGAACAGAAUGAUCUUAAGAAAUACUUCAUGAUAUGUGUUAGAAAAACAUGCACUUUUAAAAUAUGGAAGUCCACUGAAAUCAUAAAUCAGGGUACACAUUCUUGCUGCUCUCUGUCUCAUAUGUUUGUAUUUUUAUAUCUAAUCAAAGCAGCAGUAGUAAUAUGUUACACUUACAGUUUUUAAAAGAAAAUAAAUUUGAACACUUAGUUUGCAAAUGUUCUCAAGAACUCUUAAAUAACUGUGAAAUACUUUUCUAACAGUAAAGGUGACAGCAUGUCCUCAAGACACAGAUAGCACUCUGAUGAUUACAUGAAGUCCCUUUUGGUGGUCAGUAUGAAGCAGAUCUUUUUUCAAAACACUUUGUUUCCUAGUGUGUAAUAAUUGUGAAUGAAAUUUUCAUUUCUACUGUUAAGAUAAUUGUAAUUGUUACUUGUAAAGCCAGGUUAUUUUCAUUAAAAAAAAGCACAAAAUACA